GCCUUAGUGACUGUAUUAGGAAUGUGACGGUUGCAGCUCCUUUCCUGAAGACGUCUGUUUAUGGCGGAACUAGAUGCACUGACAGCAGCUAGUUCACUGCUUGUAAAGUUCUCCUAAAUUCUUGGAAAUCUUUUCUUGACAAUCCUCUCAAGGCUGUGGUCAUCCCUGUUGCUCUUCUUCUUUGCCUAUCACACUUUUGUCUUUCGGUCAACUUCCUAUUAAUAUGCUUUGAUACAGCACUCUGCCAACCACCAGCUUUUUCAGCAAUGGCCUUCUGUGCCUCCUUGUGGAAGGUGUCCAUGGCUGCCUUCUGGACAACUUUCAAAACGGCAGUUUUCCCCAUGACUGUGGCUGUGUGUACUGAACUAACCCAGAGGUCCACAUAUGCUGUUUGAAUAGUAAUUUAUUUGAACUUGAAAUUAAAUAAUCCAAUAUUCUGAGAUACUGGAGUUCAGACUUUCAUCAGCUGUAAGUCAUAACCAGCUAAAUUAAAACAAAAAAGGCAUGAAAUAUUUCACUUUACAUGGAAGGGUCUUGAAUAUGAGAUUUUCACUUGCAUAACUGAUGGAGGAAAGUAUUACAGUUGUUUACGAUGUUAAGAUUUUUUUUUUUGAGGUGCACUUGAACUAUGAAUCUAUCUAAUCUUUGAAUCUAUGUUUUAAAUGAAUUUGCAUGUCAAAUGAGAUAGUGAAACUGCCCUGCCUAAAAACGAGAGGAUUUUUAAUUUCUUUUUCUUUUGUCUUUGCUAGAGUUUAGGCUAACUUCUACAGUAUGUUUGUUCGAAGGAGAUCUGCUGACAAAAUAUCCAUAGUGCUAUAAAUUAUUUUUCUUUUGUUUUUGUUACAUAGCAUGUUAGAUUAUUUUAUUUUUUACGUGUUACUUUUUUUCUUUCCCCAACAAGGAGUGCUUAAACACCAUACACCGUCAAAAAUUGAAAGGUCUAUAAAUAUCAAAUUAUAUAGGCUACACAAAGCUUGCACAUACAUCAAAUAUUACUGCGCGCACACACGCAUUUAUGUGUUCGAUAUUAUGCAUUAAAAACUCAAUCCAGCUCCAUCCAGCUACGGCCACACUAACCGACCCAGACUACAAACUACACUCAUUGUUGGAAAGGUUUGAACGACGUCCAUUAAAUGUCAUAAGAUAAAGUGAAAUAAACGACGGGGGUUGCAAGAAAAUGAAAACAAUAGGAGGAGUAUAUUGGUUAGUCCCAGUGUUAGGUGCAGCCUAAAUGACUGCAGCAGUCAGGCGACGUAGAGUAAUCCGGACUCUGUGCUGCCGACUGCGGUCUGUCUCCGCUGCUCCUCUCCGGUCCCAGCAGCCAGCCACAAUAAAACAACGACAGGCCGCAAAUGCAGCCGGGGAUCUCGCGUGACGUUCAGAGGGCAGCGGGGUACACCAACCAACCCGGUCUGCGGGAGGAGACCCCGGGAGAAGAGGCGCAGGACCAUGAGGGAAGCACCGGGAAGAUGAAGAGUAGUGCAGCGGGAGAAGACGCCGCGGAGGAGGAGAAAACGCAGCGGGAUGGAGAGGCUGUGAAGCAGGUUCAAACUCUGCAGGAAGAAGCCGGCAAAUACGAGGAGGAACUAGACCCAAGAAUUCAGGAGGAACUGGAGCACCUUAACCAGGCCAGCGACGAGAUCAACAAGCUGGAGCUGCAGCUGGAUGAUGCCAGGUCCAGCUACAGAAGGAUUCUCACAGAAUCUGCAAGGAAGCUCAAUUCUCAGGGCUCCCAGCUUGGUUCCUGCAUUGAUAAAGCAAGGCCUUACUAUGAGGCUCGCAGACUUGCCAAAGAGGCCCAACAGGAGACCCAAAUGGCAGCCCUGAGGUAUGAGAGGGCUGUGUCUAUGCACACCGCUGCCAGGGAGAUGGUGUAUGUGGCAGAGCAAGGCCUCUUGGCUGACAGGAACACCAUGGACCCAACCUGGCAGGAGAUGCUUAACCACGCCACUGCCAAGGUGAAUGAGGCGGAAGAGGAGCGUCUUUGCAGUGAGCGGGAGCAUCAGCGAGUUACUCAGCUCUGUCAGGAUGCAGAGGCUCGAGUCCAGACCCUCCAGAAAGCCCUGAAGAAGGUCAUCCUCAAGUCCAAACCUUACUUUGAACUCAAGGCUCAAUUUAAUCAUAUUUUGGAGGAACAUAAGGCUAAAGUAGUACAGCUGGAGGGGCAGGUGGCAAAGGUUAAAACACGUUAUUCUGUGGCCCUGCGAAACUUGGAGCAGAUAAGCGAACAGAUCCAUGCACAGAGGGGGCAAAACAGGGCCACCAUGGGACAUACUGCAAUCUGUGGGGGGCGGAGUUCCCCUGUAGGUGCGGAAGCUGAGGUCAGAGCCGCCACUGGGAUUCAAGUCAGCAGCUACGUGGGAGUCAGUGGAAUACAGAGCGACUGGGCCGGUGGAGAGAAAACCAGGCUGUGGGUGGAGAGGCACAGAGAGAGCGGCUGGGGCCAGAGGGAGAGGUUGGAGGCGGAGCAAGCCAGCUCAGACAGUUUGUCAGUCAUCAGCUUACAGACCGUCACCUCCGACCUGGAAAAAUGUGAUUCGGUGGAGCACUUGGGUGACCUGAGUGAUGCUGGGAGUGUCCUAGGUGAGGAAUGGGACCGCGACAGGAAGCCUCAUGAGAGGCCAGUCAGCAGGGAGGUCAUGUGCGAUAGGCCCCAGCAAGAGAUGACCCCCCAAGAGAAGGGAGAGGUUAGUAAAGUGAAGCAAGAGAGUUUUGUUAAGCAGCACCACAGAAGUGUUAGUCUGUGAUCAUCAGCAGAAGAGAGGUUAAUUGUGAGUAUAUGAUGACGGAUCACAGAAGAACUUGAGAGAGUGCACAGAGAAAGUGUCCUGACUGAGAGGUGGUAGACAAGUUUGCAGGACUGUGAAUUGCAGAGGCUGACAGUGAUUGACACUUUGCGGGACUGACACUGCAGUCAGGACUAACAGGGAGGGUUGGCAGGUGUAUCAGACUAUCACACUAACGAAUCUUUACAUGACAGCAAUAACCACAUAGAGCAGCAGAGAAAAUCAAAUCAACAAUAACUGCGUACAAUAGGCACUUUAACACAAUCAGAACGAACACAUCCUUGUGUUUAAUUGAUCCACUGAUUUUGUCAAACGCUGUGCUCUGAUGGAAUCUGCUUCUUUUUGUUUCAGGGAUAGAUAAACAGGCUUCCUGUUAAAGGGGAAAGUACACUUCGGCCAUCAGUUGUAAUAACACUGAAUUAACUGAAGUAAGUGUUCUGCCCUGAUCUGGGGACAUGGGGAAUUAAAAUUCAACAUGGCAUGAAACAUGAGCUGGAUUGUUGAACAGUUUAUCCAGAUGGCCAGAAGUACCGUAUCUGGCAAAGUGUAAGUGACUCAAGUGUCACUAUUAAUUCCUGUACACAAAACUACAGUGCUUCAAGGUGUCACCUGGAUCAAGUUAAGCAAACAUGUUGCUCUGUGAACUGUGAUGGAUGUCUACAAAGAAUGUUUUUGAUUUACAUAACAGAGAAGAUCUUUACAAAUGAAGAUUUACAAAGCAAAAAUGUCAGCCUCAUACUGAUGAAUUCUACAAAUGGAAUGAAAUGUUUGAAAGGCCUGAUCUUGUAUGACUGUUUAAAUAUAUUUAUUUAAAAUCAUGUUCCCAGUGAUUACUUUUUCAUCGCCUUAUAGAGUGACUGUAGAUAUAAUACAUUAGCUGUGUUUAUCAUGUACUUAUAAACUGAUGAAGUCAGUUAAGUACAGUUUGAUGGAGUCCUCUCAGCUGUAGGUGUCACAGAAUGAAGUUUAAUUUAUAACUGGCCUUAAAGUAUGCACACAGCUUGUUUGUUGGCUGACUCAGUUUUGUGGGAGCAAAAUUAUUUAGAUAGUACUGUUACUGUUUAGCCAAUGAUGUACCAUUAAACUCUUCAAGGAUCAAGCUUUAUGCAAGAUUUUUGCAUUAAAACUAUUUACAGUUAUCUCUAAUUUCAGACAGUGUGGUAUAGUAGUAUGCACUGCCACACAGAGUAAUCUGUGCAAAACUGCUAGAAAAAAUAAUCAGAGUAAAUUUCCAGUUCAUUACAGUUAAUGAGCUUUCUUGGCUCUCCCCCUGCCAGCCAUUUCUAUUACUGCUGUCAUGACUAAAGUUUUCCUCUAAGCUCCAGCCUGCCUCCAGACAAACUUUAUCCCCAGCUAAUGACAAUAAUCUGAGGGAAAACACUGGCUGAGAAUAAGGAAAUUUGUCUCCUAUGUCUACAAAUAGGUAUGCUUUUAAAAAGUUGUUUUGUCCGUCUAAACAACUUUUGUGAAAUUUCAGGAAACUUGGUGGAGAAGUGGAGCAUUGCCAAAGGAAGGAGUUGUUAAAUUUGAAUGAACAUCUGAACCGCUUUCUUUAAAGGGAAAGAUAGGGCAUUGACACUUCCAGUCUAGUCUAGAACCUUGAACUUGCUCAGUUGUCAUCACCUGAUCUAAGCAGAGGUUAACCAGACAGCAUUAAUUGAUUGACUGGUAUAUAUUGCGCUUAAAUAGGUUUCCAUUUCCGAUAAUAUACUGCCAUGAAACCAGAUACUUUGCUUUUGCACAGACAGCCAUGUCACAAGUUGUGCCUAGGGAAAUAGCCAACUGUUAGAGAAGUUGGUGAUUGAUUGAUUGAUUGAUUGAUUGAUUGAUUGAUUAUUAUUGUUAUUGUUGUUGUUAUUGUUAAUAUUAUUAUUAUUUUUAUUGUUGUUGUCCUCUGUGAGUUCUGAGUUGCAUUUUGUUAGCCAAAGAUGACCCUUCUUUCAAUUAACCCAGGUUGAUGCUAAUUUUUUACAGUUGCUUUAAAAUAAAAGCUUAACUUCG